CCAAUAAAAAUUCCCGGGUAUAUAGCGGGAAAUGGAAAUAGUAGCAGGGCAGGGUGCGGUGUCCUUCAAUCAAAUUCAAAGGCCAAUGGAGGACUCGUCUUCUCACCCCUUCGAGCAUGAUCAAACGGCUCCUGGCGCUUCCAAGUUCCUCUCAGACCUUCCCUCUCGUGGCCACCUCUCUUCCCCCAUCAUCUCCUCAAAUGUGGGGGUGAUGCAAGUUUAUAUUUGUGAGCACAAUACUUCUCCUCCAGAGAGCCAGCACAUAAAGACAGACCAACAAAACAUACUUAUUAGGUCGCUCAUGCUUAAUAACAAUAAGGGUGGUUCCAGUUCAAAGGAUGUGAAAGCUGCUGCUGAGGGUCCUAGAAAGAGGGCUGCUGAAAAAGUCAUGGAUAGCAGCGCUUCAGCAAAGAAAGCCUAUACAAAAAAUAAUUCUCAAUCGGAGGGAUCAAGCAGUAGUGUAGCCGAGAAGGACUACCAUAGUUUUACCGUAGAGAGACUUCGCUCUCUUCUUAAGGAAAGAGGACUUUCACCCAAAGGAAAGAAGGAUGAGCUAAUCGCACGCUUGAAAUGUGUAAAUGAAUCAGCCGAGUAGUUGGAUCAAUGCUUCGGCUGGCGAUGGAUGUGGCCUAAAAAGGGACGAGGUGGAUGUGUAAAUGUGUAGGUGCUUUUUUAUAUCUAUGUAGGUGAUCGGCGCGAGCAUUAUCGAAAUUUUAUCACUGAUUUUCGGGUAGUAUUCGUGUCAUUACCUGAAAUGAUUUAGUAAUUAAAGUAAAUUAUAUUAUGUGCAUUAAAAGUAAA